CGCUUUGACCAGUCAAAGGCAGUGUAAUUGGGCAGCUUGUCGCGGAAACAGAGCUGCUUACGGUUAGCUGCCACAUCAAUGAUGAGGAACCGAGGCGUAUGUUGAGUGGCAUGUGGAGACCACCGAAUGGCUGCAUCCAUACUUUCAGUUUGAUGAUGCGGCGAGCGUCGUGCAGGAUUCAAAGCCCCCGAAACUAACUAAGGAACGAACGGUACUUGAAUCGGAGAAUCGCUCAGAGAAAACCAGGACAUUUUAUAAUUGAGCUACGUCCGUGGUCCUGACAGAAACCCAAAUCACGGUAAGUAGAUGGACUUAGCAGUGAGAGUAUUGACGAUGAUGAUGUAUGAAAGAUGAUAGGUCGACCAGGGUUAGCGCCAAGGUUGCAGGCGGUCAAUAAUUCUGCCGCCCCGCCUAAACUUUCAGGAACUUUUGGCUUCACGAAUUCGCGCUGUCUAGUCGCCCCAAAGGCACACACAUCAUGGGACCAACAAACAAGAGAAACCAUUCCGAGACUGCGGGAGGUGAAGGUGGAGGGACUACAGAUGCACGGAAAUUCAAAAGACCGCGCACACUCAACAGAAAAGGCGUCCUAAAAAAACAGGACCAUGACGAGCCCAAGGUCGACUCAACCCGUGUACUCAGGAACCGGAUACGCGACUUGAAGCGUCUACUGAGUCAUAUUGACAACGAUGCCGAUAACAAAAUGCCAGCCAACAUACGCAUUGAACGAGAGCGAGAACUCGAGACAUGUGAGCACGAGCUGGCCGAAAAGCAGCAGCAACAGCGGGAGACGGACUUUAGAAAUAAGAUCAUUGGCAGAUACCACCACAUACGCUUCUUUGAGCGACAAAAAGCCACGAGAGCUGUCAAACGUAUCCAGAAGCAACACGCAGCGCUCGCCGACGACGACCAUGCUGAGAAAGCCAAACUGAGACAAACUCUUCAUAACGCUGAAGUCGAUCUCAACUAUACCAUAUACUGUCCACUCUUGAAAAAUUACGUAUCCCUCUACCCAAGGACGGACAAAAAACCGACUCCUGCCACGAAAGCGACACCGGCGACGGUAUUCCCAGAUGGACCCAAAGGCGAUAUCGAAAUGUGGAAAGCGGUGGAGAAUGCGAUGGAAAAUAAUGCGCUUGAGGCGCUGCGCAACAGCCGCGAAGGAGUCACAAUACCAGGACCCAAACAUCCGGUUCCUGAGGCCAACAAAACCAAGAAGGAUCACCUGCGCGAGAAGAAGGAGAAGCAGAAGGAAGAGAAACAGGACGGAUCUGCCGUGUCGCCUACGAACGGUGGCGGCGACAACGAGGAGGAGGACGACGAAGACAGCGAUGGUGGUUUCUUCGAGUAAAUGCGCAACCGAGGCACACCGACUGCCAGCUCGCAUGCAUGGACGUUGCACACGCGCGCAGAUUAAAUGCUACUGCGCUCCAAUCUCCAGCAAGAUUCCCUCCAAGGAAGCUUUUUGUUGCCGUAGAGAGACUCCCCCAUGGGACAAUGAAGAGCGUCCCUGGCACAUAAUCCUAGAUACCCACUACUCCAAACGAGCCCCUACACCUACUUAUGUACAUAAAUAUCAACGCUGGGCCGCCACACCGUUCUACAGGCCAUGUGGUGGCCCUACAAACCCCUCAACAAUU